AUGGCUGAGUGGCUGACAUGUCUGCCAGAUCAUCGGCAGAGUCAUGUUCUUCUAAAUGUGAGACCAAGGUCCACUGGAUUCCAAGCGGACGGUCUGAGGUUGUUUCACUUAUCACCCAGUCUAUGGCUACUACAGAAAAGAUUGGAGAGAAUAAAACUCUGUUGUACUCUAGACUUGAUGGGGAAUGACUCUAAAUAACAAUCUAAGGUAGUAGUCCGUAUGCCCUUCAAGAUCUUCCACUCUGUCGAAUGCUUUCUCAAAGACAAUGAAGUUGGUAAACAAGGGAACAUUCCAUUCAAUGCACUGCUCAGUGAUGUUCUGGAGAGGAAAAUCUGGAACAAUGCAGCCUCGGCCUGUACGAAAUUUAGUCUGUUCGGGUCUCAACUUGGGAUCUAUGGCACUAUCAAUCAUUUUGAGGAAUGUUCUGCAGAAUACCUUGCUGGAAAUGAGCUGAAAUGGAGAGAGGUGUUGCGUCUUGCCACAGUUGUUACAGUUGUUGAGGCCCCCUUCUUUGGAAUCUUGUGA